GAGAACGAAACGUGAAUAAAAAAGAGAAACGGAGGGAAGGUGAUUUGGUAUAUUGAGCAGGCGGGAACCCUUGACAAUGGAGUCUUCCCCUGCACGCAUCGUAUCAAGUGGAAGCCGAUAACCCCAACCCGAAUCAAUGGAGCCGACACCCAGACACUCAUGCCUGAAGCUUCAAAUUCCCAACCAAUCGGAACCCAUCUUCAUCAAGGCCACCUGGUUUCCUUCCCACUUCCACCUCUCUAUCACCGACGGCCUCCACGCCUGGCUCUGUAACGCAUCGGAAGACGAGGUCCGAGAGCGAGCCGCCCAGUGGGAUCAACCCGUUUCUGAUUACAUCGCCUUGGCAGAGCGGUUCCUAGGGUUUCAGCAGCCCGGUUCGGUUUACGGGUUCUCCGACGCCGGUGACGGCCACAGAAGAUUGUCAUGGACAUUUGAGAAGGAAGGGACUAAGCUAGAAUGGCGGUGGAAAUGUGGACUCUCACCUGACUCUAGGAGCACUACCGCCGGAGUCCUGGAUUUUCUUAUGAAUGCUAACAUUCGACUAAGUGAGGAAGUUGUUAUUAAGACCCAAUCAUUUGAGAGGCUGAAAGUGGAAGCUGAAAAAUGUUUAGCACAAAGUGAGAAAUUCAACAACGAGAAGGCGGAAUUUGAGUCUGCGAUCUAUGCAAAGUUUCUUGGGGUCUUAAAUUCAAAGAAAGCCAAACUCAGAGAGCUUCGAGACCAGAUAUCAAAAGAAGAAACCACUGGAAAAUUGCCACAAGAAGAGGAUGAGUCCACUGACAAAACUUUGAGUUUUGACGAUGAAAGUGAUAAUGAAGCAAUUGAGGAAGAAUCCUCAAAGAAUCUUACAGGCACUUCAAAGCAUGUUUCUACAAGUAGGCCUCGCGGUCGAAAGAGAGUUGCACCCAGGAACUGAUCCAACCCCCUUUUGGAGAGCAUUUGGAAGUGACACAAGGGCUGCAUGCCAUUGUGGAUCAAAUGAAGCAAGGCAUAGUAACAUUGAAGUGACUGCUUCAUCAGGUGAGAAGUUUCUGUUCCGCAUCUCCUCAAGAAGCUGAAUUGCUUCAUGGAUCUCAUUUUCUUUAAGAAGAUUUUGAAUAAUGACAUUGAACGUAAUGGAGUCUGGUAAACAUCCCUUCUCUUCCA